AUGGCGACCGCUCCUCUCUCCGGCUUCUUCCUCACCUCUCUUUCUCCUUCUCAGCCUUCUCUCCAAAAACAGACUCUUCGUUCUUCUCCCACCGUGGCUUGCCUUCCCUCAUCCUCUUCUUCCUCCUCCUCCUCCUCCUCCUCUCGUUCCGUUCCAACACUUAUCCGUAACGAGCCCGUUUUUGCCGCUCCUGCUCCUAUCAUCACCCCUUACUGGAGCGAAGAGAUGGGUAGCGAAGCAUACGAAGAGGCCAUUGAAGCUCUCAAGAAGCUUAUUAUCGAGAAGGAGGAGCUAAAGACUGUUGCGGCCGCUAAGGUGGAGCAGGCCACGGCAGCACUUCAGACAGGUACUUCCUCCGACAAGAAAGCUUUCGACCCCGUCGAAAACAUUAAGCAAGGCUUCAUCACUUUCAAGAAGGAGAAAUACGAAACCAACCCUGCUUUGUACGGUGAGCUCGCCAAGGGUCAAAGUCCUAAGUAUAUGGUGUUUGCUUGUUCCGACUCGCGUGUGUGUCCAUCGCACGUUCUCAACUUUCAGCCAGGAGAGGCCUUCGUUGUCCGUAACAUAGCCAACAUGGUUCCUCCUUUUGACAAGGUCAAAUACGGUGGAGUUGGAGCAGCCAUCGAAUACGCUGUUUUGCACCUUAAGGUGGAGAACAUUGUGGUGAUAGGACACAGCGCUUGUGGUGGGAUCAAGGGACUUAUGUCUUUUCCUUUGGAUGGAAACAACUCCACUGAUUUCAUAGAGGACUGGGUCAAAAUCUGUUUACCAGCCAAGUCAAAAGUCAUAUCAGAACUUGGAGAUUCAGCCUUUGAGGACCAGUGUGGCCGAUGUGAAAGGGAGGCAGUGAAUGUUUCACUAGCAAACUUGUUGACAUAUCCAUUCGUGAGAGAAGGACUUGUGAAAGGAACCCUUGCUUUGAAGGGAGGUUACUAUGAUUUUAUAAAGGGUGCUUUUGA